UUCAACGACUAGACUAUACUAGUCUUGUGUGAGAGUAGUGUGUUUACUGAAACACCAAGCGAUUCACACGGCAUCAAGAGUCAGUGCUAGUCAGCUCUAAGAAAUAGCACUUAAUGAUUAGUUUUUUUUUUAGUAUAUUUCGUUGUGAGCCUAGAAAAACAAAGUUUGCUUUGAAAAUCUUUCUUGAUUUCCUCAGCCGUCUCAAGCGAGAGCUCUUUGUGUACUUUAGAGACUUUGUGACACCAUAUCUUUGAGUAAUUUAUACACUGUUAGCCACCAGAAAUUUCCGCUUUACGGAUAAGUAACGUUCCGUAAAUACCGGCUUUACGGUUACUUUACGGUGGCUUUACUGAACAGUAAAGUAGCUAAUUUGCGCUGUGACGGUGUUUGAGAACGGAAGCCAUUUAUUAACGCAUAAUGGUAGAGGAAGCCGUUCCGCCUUUCAUGACGAGAUUCAUGAGAGCCUGAAGCUACUGAAGGAGACAGUCAUUUGGUGAAAAACCUGCUGUAGUGAUGUUUUGUGCGUUAGUCUUUGAUUUGACGGCUCUGCAUGCUUGCCUGAUCAUUGUGCUAUUAACGGUAAUUAAUCCAGACAAAUCGACUGUUUUGGUCUAGUUUUACGUUUCAUUGAUCAUGAAUGCAUCAUGGAUCACGUCUGCGUCUUGGCAUGAUGAAUUCCAAAAUCAGCUCAUCGCAUCUGAUGUUCACGUGACUCUGUCGAUAAACUAACAAUACGCAUUAGCUCUUCAAAGCACAGAUAAAACAGGAAGUAGCGAAAGUUUUCAGCCUGACACUAGAAAAAGCCUCGGAGUAAGUUUGCGAGGGUAUAACAUUUGCAUUUUUAACUUUCGGAACCGUAUGAUUCACCAUCUACUCCACGGUUCGUCGUUCUUCAGCCUUUGAUCACAGUACGAAAUUAUUUCAAUUCUUUAGACGACUGGAUGCAUGGUAAGAAGCUAAGGAAUGGCAAAAUCAUGCUGAUUGAUUUGCGGUUCCCAUUCAAGUUAUAUGAAAACAAUAACCCAAAGGCACCUUGAGCUAGCGAUUGAAAGCUUAAAUGUUCAAUGGAGAGAAACUGGUGAAUCAUAAUGUUUCAAGUUCCAUAACUAAUCGUAUCUUUAUUGUUUGAGGCGAAACAAGUCCAAAGUCUGCUGACAAAAGACACAGAUGUAUAGUUGUUCUUAUUGCUGACACUGUGAUCGAGGAUAACAGUGCACUGCAUGGCCUUGGAAUCUAACUACACAACCCAAGAGGUGCUAACCAAGGCUCCGUCAGCGGAGACGAAGAAUGAAUGUUUGUCGAUUCUUCACCCAAACGAAACACAUGUGAUUAUAGUUUGCACCAUUGUUCUUUUGUUCUACGUCUUUGCUGCUUUGGGAGAUGGUAUGUUUAUUUUUGCUUUUGCAAAAGACGUCAGAAUGCGUACAACGACGAACAUGUUGGUCAUCAGUCACCUAACAGCCGAGUUUGCAUCGUCCAUUUUGGGCAUUGCCACACACGUUUCUAUUCUAGUAGUGCACGGUGAAAUGUUUGAUCGAACUGCGUGGUGCAUUACAGCUUCUUCUAUUUUUAACUCUUCUAUGAGUGCUGGGUUUUUGAGUCUUGUCGGCAUAUCCAUCGACCGAUACCUUGCUGUCGUGAAGAAAGUCCACCACAAAAUGACUCGCACCCGGGUCCAGAUCUUCCUGGUUGUAAUCUGGACUCUGUCGGUCUUAUACGGUAUUCCUUGGGACUUAAUAUUCAAUGGCAGGCUCCGCUGGCAGUAUGUGGCGUGGUUGCUGGUAAACUGCGAGGCAUCGUUUCUAGCGAACAAAGAUUUACGAACAUGGACGUUAGCUGAUAUUUUACGAGGGUUGUUGUUUGUCUUUGGCAUUUUCUUGCCAUUGGUUAUUAUGACCUUCGCAAGCUUCCAUAUUCUCCGAACAGCCCUUAAAAGUAGACAACGCGUCCACGCUAUUGGAACGAUAAGUAAUCACAUAGCGACAGCGUAUUCUAAAUCUGCUUUCACUACAUUGCUUAUCAUUGCAACUUAUUUCUUAUGCCUGAUUCCAUCCUUGGUGCUAACUGGGGUAUGCGAAGGAAGCUCUUCCAAGUGCUCAAUGGCACUGUAUUUCUUGGCGAAAAUAACCCUUUGUUUUAGAUCAGCUUGCUAUCCAGUUAUUUACGCUGCCAGGAAUCAAACUUACUCGCGAUAUUUUCGGCAAUUCUUUCAUCGUCCGAAAAUCAAGAUUUGCACUAAUUACUUCACUCGUAAUGAACAGCAACUGAAUAGGGAAGGUACAAGCCAGAUUACCGUUUCUCGGACAUGUGGCUGUGCUGGAGAGUGGGCAGUCCAUCACCGUACAUGGCAAGGCGCUCCAAGCAACCAUAAACCAAAGUUGGCUUUUGUGGAUCUGCGCGAAAUUUCAAGCGAGAACGAAGGAAUAAAUUCUUGAUUAUUAUAGAAACGUAUUCAAAUACAGCUGAAAUGAUAGUUUCUUGCAAUAAUCCUUUAAGACAGCUACCGUUCUCAAUUAUUAUUGAUUAGUAUAUAAUAAUAAAAUAUUCAAUCUACAUCUAUCCUUAACAUUACGUUGUACUUGAAGCUGGAAUUUUUAGUAAAGUCGUCAUUUUGUAUCUACUCAAACGUUAGAGGCAAAGCAGAACGUUAGCACAGAUUACGUUCCUGCCUUUCAGCAACAUCCCGGAAGAAGGAACUUUUCCUCAUAAUUUCUCUAACAUUCUAAAGGCUGACUUCCAAAUGAUCGCCAGGAUCACUGAGAAAAAAGAGAAUACAGUUCAGCAAUCGUUGCAAUCAUACAUAGACCACCUCUCCAGAGGUUGCAGUAAUCGUUGCAAUGAUACUAAAUGUGCCAAAUGCACUUCUUCUUUGUUUAAUCCAGGUCCCCUCGGACAUUUUUAUUAUUAAGCGAUCUGCGAGCAAAUCCUGACAGUCGCAGUCGCUCGACUUUUCCUGUGACGAUCGCGGCUAUCAUAUGGAAACUAGCCUGUAGUGCACGAUGAAUAACACUAUGUUCUAAGUUGGGCUUAUUAUUUAUUGAGCCAUUUUCAUUCUCUUUCUAGCUUAUUAAGGGCCCAUUAACCGAUUUAUGCGCGCGCUCGCGU